AUGCCGGGUCUUCCUUGUAAGUUUGCAUUCUGCUGCUACAUCACGCCAUCGCAGAUGGGCGAGCUGCUGACAAACUCGCUUUAUUCCCUCAAUCUAGCUAGUAUCGACUUGGACGAAUGCAUAGAACGUUUAUAUAAAAAGGAACUCUUAGCAGACUCUGUUAUUGAAGCAAUAUGCGCAAAGGCAAAAGAGCUUCUUAUGAAAGAGAGCAAUGUGGUGCACAUUGCUGCUCCGGUCACAGUGGUUGGAGACAUCCAUGGCCAAUUCUUCGACAUGAUUGAGAUAUUCAAGAUUGGAGGGUUUUGUCCCAAUACAAAUUAUUUGUUUCUAGGUGCGGCACCUGAUGGAAAAUCUGCUGGACAAAAUAAACCAUGGGUGGUCUGGCCUGUUAACGUUCUUCCAGGAGACUAUGUGGACCGCGGUCUUUUCAGUGUUGAGACAAUCUCCCUUUUAGUGUGCUUAAAGCUACGAUACCCAUCCCGCGUUCAUCUCAUUCGAGGAAACCACGAGUCCCGCGGUGUUACACAGUCGUACGGAUUCUAUACAGAGUGCGCAAGGAAAUAUGGCAAUGCUAAUGUUUGGCAUUAUUUUACCGACAUGUUUGACUUCCUCACUCUCAGCGUUGUCAUCAACGACCAGAUCUUCUGCGUUCACGGCGGACUGUCGCCUUCCAUCCAUUCCAUUGAUCAGAUAAAAAUCAUCGACCGAUUUCGCGAAAUACCGCACGAAGGCCCCAUGGCUGACCUAGUUUGGUCUGACCCAGAUAUUGAACAUGACGAAUUCUCCUUGUCGCCACGCGGCGCUGGAUAUACAUUUGGCGCACAGGUGGUGCGCAAGUUUCUCGAGGUCAAUAACAUGUCGCAUAUCUUGCGCGCUCAUCAGUUGUGUCAAGAAGGCUAUCAGGUUCUAUACGAUGAUCGACUCAGUACGGUAUGGAGUGCGCCAAACUAUUGCUACCGAUGCGGGAAUCUAGCAAGUGUGUUAGAAGUGAGCGACUCCGGAGAGAGGUUCUUCAAUAUCUUUGGCGCUGCACCAGAAAAUGAUGAGCACCGAAACGAGCAACAGACACAACCGAACAAAGAUAACCAAGCUCCGGUUAUUGAGUACUUUUUGUGA